AUGCAAGCUACCCGAAGCUGCUGGAACACUUUCUGUUGGCCAGGAACCUUGCCCGAAGAGUCGGUGCAGCAAGAGGGCAUGGCUGCGAGUCCCGUUUCGCCAGCGCAGCAGGUCGACGUCUUUGGGCGGAAGAUUGCGCAUCCAUUGCCCAGGGCUCAUGCUCGACCAGAUCCUGAUGCUGUAAGCGUCACCUCCGUGGCACAAAGCAUUGCAAGUGAGGCAGACCAACAGAGGGAGGUCUUCUCGUUCCGCAACCGGAAUGGGCACGGGAACAUCCUUGCCUGGGAUGAGAGCCGGGCUGUCACGCCGCCACAUCAGCGACAGGCCAAGCCCCACGAAGUUAGCAAAGCCAAGAGGAGCAUCCGAUUUCUGUCCCUCAUUGGCAAUGAAGGAUCUGGUCAUCACUCGCUGACACCCGCUAUUCAUCAGAUCCUUGGCAUUGGUGGCGGGCAUGACGACCACACGAGGAUAUCUGAGCACAAGACGCGCUCCUUUACACUGAUGAACGAGACCGAAGCUACGAACGAGUCCCAGGUCUUCAUGUUUGAUGGUGAGGAGUCAGGUCAGCUUCUCACGGCUUUCUUGGCACAUGAUGUCCGUGGCUUCAAGAAGGCAUUGCUGGGCUAUGGUGCAAACACCUUGCUGCAGCAAGAGUACAGCUUUCCAACUGGUUUCCAAGAGAGGCAGCCAACUGACAAGAUCUACGACCUCACCAAGUUGUACCAGAUGCUGCACGAUGCAGAUGUAUCAAGGAAGGCAGUGAUCAAAUACGAGCGGGAUCCCAAAGACCGAGCAGAAUCUAUGUUCCGCAGAUUCCCGUGGCUAUUCAAGCAUGGUCUCGCAGAGUCAGAACACAGCCAGCAGGCCUUCGAAAGGCACAUCGAGCGACACCUUCGCCAUGUGCAGAAAAUGCAUGUUCCAGUGCUGAGGGUCAACAUGGAGCAGCUGAACCACACCUGCCCAAUGUUUGUUCACAAGGUUGCUGGCUUCCUGAUGGAACAUGCGAUCCGCCUCAACCUGGAAUUCGGUGCAGGCAAGCAGUGGCAAGAAGCCCUGGAAUUCUGGGCUGGCAUGCCAACCGUCCAUCUACGUGGCAAUACAGUCACCCACAACAGUGCUCUGGCGGCCUGCAUCAAGGGAGACCACUGGCAAGUUGCGUCAAACAUUCUCGGAGGUAUGGAAGAUCAGAUGACAGCACCAAGUGUGAUCAGCUUCAACACUUUGAUGCGGAGCUACGUGCCGAGGGGGUUCUGGAAGCUUGCGCUUCGGCUGUUGACGGAAAUAGAGAUCGAUGAUCGUGCUGUUCCUGAUGUUGUGAGCUUCAACACAACCAUGAGCUCUUGCAGUACAGGUGGUGCGUGGCAGGUGGCCAUUCAGCUUCCAGCGCAUAUGGAACAGCGUGAGCUGGACCCUGACAUUAUCAGUUACAGCAGCGUGGUGACUGCCGGCAUUCAAGAUUGGUGCUGGAACCUGGCACUGCGGCUGCUGGACGCAACGCGCAUGAUUGCAGUACAGCCCAAUGCCAUCAUGAUGAACAGCGCUCUUAAUGCUACUGCGAAGUCAGGAGAAUGGACAGCGGCAGUGGCGCUGCUGUCAGAGCUGCCCAGUCAGCACUUGCUGCCUGACGUGGUCUCCUUCAGCAGCGCAAUUGCUGCAGCGGAAAAAUCGAGAGAAUGGCAGAUCGCGCUGCAGCUUUUCUCAGACAUGAGGCACAAAAUGGUCUUGCCAGAUGUCAUAAGCUUCAAUGGCAUCAUCGGCUGCUUCGAAAAGUGUUCGCUCUGGCAAUAUGCCCUGUCUCUCAUGGACGAGAUGUGGUUCAGAAAGGCCUCUCCUGACGUGGUGAGCUUCACCUGCGCAAUCAGUGCGUGCGAGAAAGCUGGACACUGGCUAACUGCUCUUGCGCUACUCCAGUUGCUCCAGGAGCGCACGAUGCGGUCCGAUGAAAUCAGCUGGAACGCGGCCAUCAGUUCUUGUGGCAAGGUGUGGGUAGCAGCCCUGAGCCUCUUCUUCCAGAUGGCAACUGCAAGCCUUCAAAACAACGCGAUCAGCUUCAAUGCUGCAAUCAGCGCCGGCGAGAAGCAAGAGAAAUGGCAGCUUGCCCUCUGGCUGCUGUUGUGCAUGGCUCGACAAAACGUGAGGCCAUGCACAAUCGGCCACAACGGUGCCAUAAGUGCUUGCGAAAAGGGACGACAGUGGCAGCUUGCGCCAUGCCUAUUGACCAUGUUGGCCGAGGUUACUGUGCUGGCGGACGUCAUCAGCUACAGCAGCGCCAUCAGUGCAUGCGAAAAGGAAAGCCGAUGGCGCUCUGCUGGAAAGCUGUUUGAGGUGAUGUCCGCGCAGAGGCUGCGCCGGCAACUGGUCACAUUGAAUGCGGUGAUCAGCGCUCACGCAGCUUCGUGGAAGUGGCGCCUGGCCGUGUCAUGGUAUGCGCAGAUGUGCACCGACCAGGUCCUUCCAGAUGCAAUCUCAUGCAGCAGCACGAGCAGCGCUUGCGAAUCCCUUGGGCUUUGGAAGGUUGCUGGCGGACUGCUGGAGCAGAUAUGUGAGACACCGAGUGCCAUCACCGUCAGCAACAUCAUCGGCUGUUAUGAGGUUGCUCACCGAUGGCAGGCUAUGCCUGAGGUGCUUCAUGAGCUCCAGUCUGCUGGGCUUGAGUUUGCCUGCCGGGUUCAGCACGGGCAACAGCGACAGCUGGUGAAAGAAUCUGCGAUCCUCCUGCAGAAGUGUUCAGAAAGACUUGCGGUAUCUGCCAUGCCGCCCAUCUUCAAGAGCCGCUUCAGCCAUGGUGCCGCUGCAGCUGGCGGUCUCGCAUUUCUUCUCUGCCAGACACACUGCCCUGGUGGCGUCACAGGUGCCAUCGGCGGCAUGUUGGGUGCCAUCAACCCCCUGAGUUUGUUCAUGAAGAAGGAUGAGAAGGACGCAAAAGACGAGGAGAACGCAGCAGAUAGCAUGGAGAAACUCCAGAAGCAGAUUGGAACGAUUGAGAAGCAGUUGUGCAGUAUGAACUGCAAACUUACCUCUCUUGUUGGCGCAGCUGCUGGCGCUGCCGCGGGCCACGCGUACAACAAGUACAAGCAGCGGAAAGCCAACCCCAUGGGUGCCAUGGGCGGCGGCAUGCCAGGAGGAAUGGGCGGCUUUCAGAUGCUUGAUGAAUGGACUGCGCCGCCUUUCUUCGUGUUCAUGAAGCAGCUUGCGGACAUGCAGAAGGAUGUGCAGGAAGCCUGCGCGCAAGUUCGCCUUCUUGGCCACCAAAAAGAUGCGAAGGAAGCGGAGGAGAGCCACCAGAAAGACAGGUUGGCUGUGUCAGACUUCAUGUGA